CUCAAAGGAUAGCCCCCCUCCGCCUCCCUCCUCCUCCGCUCCCCUCCCUUCGGUUUGUGGACAAGUGUUUAUCCGCUGCGAGGCGAGAGCUCGGUCCGUGAUGGGAUUCCUUCAGGAGCGACCUGCCGCCUAUCGUUAACCCCUCUGGAGGUAAGGAGUGAAGCCAAACGACGGUUAACUAACAAAAGAGACGCGGUGGGGUGUCGGACGGGAGCAGCUUAUACGAGAAGUGCUCCGUUUUGAGAGUUUGUGCUGGCGAAAGUUGACUACAACAUCCCCGUCGGUUAGUUGGCAACUAAAUAUGGAUGUCAGUUAUUUGUAACAGACUCGGGAGAAGUCGUGUGUCCCGUGAAGCGAGGCUGUUUCCUACAUGUAGCGACUUGACACCCCCCUCCCUGCCAGCUCCACACAUUAUCGCUUCUUUAACCAUUGCCAUCAUCUCCGGUGCGGUUCGGGCACAGCUGUGAAGGCGGUCGACGCACGCAAACUUGUGGUAUCAUAAAAACAGCAUGCCACUUGAUGAAGGAACUUCUCUUCAAAGAUCGGGAUUGGAUACUAAAGCUGUGAUGUUUGGCAAGUUUUUGACACCUGUGCUGAGAACUCAAUAAGUUUUGGAAGAAUAACUUUUCUAGAGUUUCACAGAGGAUUUAUUAAACAGCUGUGGUGAUUCUUGAUGACCGGUGGUCUUGGAAAAGUGAUGGAGACAGAAGAACGGGAGGAUGUUUCACAAAAACACACAGCUAAGGUGGAGGCAGAGGAUGAGGUAACCUCAUGCCACACCUGCGGGGUGUGUGGCCGCAGUUUUCCACUUCUAAGCUCUCUAUCUCAGCACAUGAGAAGACACACUCGGGAGAAGCCUUACAAGUGUCCCUACUGUGAGCACAGGACAGCUCAGAAGGGCAGCCUGAAGGCCCAUAUUCGAAGCCAUAAAUUGGGCCUUUUGAGCCAAAACCUCAGUGACAGGGAGGGGGAUGGAGAUGAAGGGCAGAAAGAGGAUGCUGAUAUAACUGACCCUCCUGAGCUCAGCAGCCCACCUGAUAAAGCUCAUAACAUUAAUGGAAAGGUCAAGAAGAAAACAACCAAGAAAAAAGUUAAGGGUAAAGAUGGUGUCGAGGUUAGCGAUGGAGGUGAUGAUGGACCUUUUUCCUGCACCAUUUGUGGCCAGGUUUUCCCUCAGGUAUUACUCCUCAAGUCCCACAUGAAAAGGCACCGUGGCGCUCAGGAUCACGGUUGCCGGAUAUGUGGACGGCGCUUUCGCCAAGCGUGGUUCCUCCAAAGUCACAUGCGCAUUCAUCGAGUGAAAGCCCAGCUAAGGGGCAGCAAAAGCAAUGAACCGCCUGCCACCAUCAACGGGGUUCCUCAGGACCCAGCAUCACUGACGAAUGAAGAGUGCCUCUAUGAGCUCUGUGCAGGCUGCGGUAACUUCUUCAAUGACCGCAGGACACUGCAGAUACACGAAAAGUUGCAUAAACUGAACCACACUCGCACUCAGAUGCAGAACCCAACACAAGGAAAUGUGGAGUCCUCCGAGGUGCAAGACGCUAAGAGGCAGUUUUUGGAAAGCCUGAACCUCACUUCUGCUGGAGCCAGGGAAAGCCCAGAGAAAGUGAAGCUGGGCAGUCGAAUUCCUGAGCUGGAUCCAAUUUGUAGUUAUCAGUCAUGGCAGUUAGCUACAAGAGGACGGCUAGUGGAGGCUACAGAAAAAUGUCUGGGAUGGGAGGAGAGAUUAGCUGACGCAGAAGUGGCAUAUGACAUAGAAAAAGGCGAGUACGUCCCCUUGAAGCAAGAGAAAAAGAGAAAGCCAAAUGACACAGCCGGCUCCAAUCUUAAGAAGAAGAAGGGUGACACAGGCCUUGAUCAUAAAGGUGGUGACAAAAAGAUUAGCCAGAAGGACCCUAUUCUGCUGAAUGGACUUGGUCAAGCAUUUUAUGAGGCACUGCAGACUAAAAACGUUAAAGAUGUUCACUCCUCAUCUAAACAGACAAAGAACAUCAGGAGCCUAGACCAGGAAGAUAAAAAAAAAUAUUUCUGCGAGCACUGUGAUUUCCACACUGUUGACACCGCGCUACUCAGGUCUCACCUGCACACGCAGCACCAGGACUUCCUGAGUUCCUACAGCAAACAGAGCACCAACUUGGACAUAAGCAGAAGUGGUUCCAAAGCCUCAAGAUACAUGGACUACCUCAGAAGCAGGAGCAUCUUGCUCAGUCAGCCAUACUGGAAUCCCUAUUCAAGUUCUCCAAGCCAGGAGUUAGUAGAGUCAAACAUUAAAAUGGAAAAGACAAACGGCUCAGAGGUCAAAGAGCAGGGACAUGCUACUGGCGAUGCUAGCAGCCUCCUCAAUCUUUCUUCUUUACCCAUAACUGAUGUUAGUUUUUCAGUAAAAACACAGGGCCUGGUGAGACAUCAGUGCCCAUACUGCUCCCACACCACCAACUACCCAGAAGUACUGUGGAUCCAUCAGCGUGUUGCCCACAGGGUGGAUGGCAGCAGCACCAUGGCACCCAAGUGGGCACCUAGCAUUAACAGUCUCAAGAGUUUAAAGGCAGGUGCUUCUCAGUGGAGACGCACGGGACCGCCACCCUUCCUCGAAGGCAAGGACUGUCCAGCUUUGCCUACUCCAAGAACGCAGCGCACACAGCCUCCCGGGGUCACAAACCAUGGCGGCAGCAGCAGCAAUAAGCAGUCGUCCCACAAGAAUCAAUCAGGCACCCUGAAGUCCAAGCAUCAGUCAAAAGACUCACGACCUUCAGAUGCGACACAGUGUAGUGGCAAGGUUGGACUCCAAAAUCAAAAGAAGGAGCAUAACCGAACAGUGGAGGGUGGAUCUAAAGGCUCCAGCACCCAAGCUACUUCGUCAAACAGCAUUGUGAACAGCAAGAGUCUCCAGAGCUUGCAGCCUACAAGCAGCCCAAAACAAAGAGGCAACAGAGCCACUGUGGAGGGGAACUUCCCACAGGAGGGUUUGGGUUUUAUGCUGGCAAGAAAUCGCAGUGGGAAUUCUUCUUCUUCUUCUAACACAGAUAAGCUCCACUCUCGCAGGCAUUCAAGUGACUUUUCUUCAGGUCCCAAAGGUUCUGAUCUCUGGGCUGCCAUGAAUAUGUGGGGGCUACAUGGAAGCAAAGCAUAUUUAGAUACACUCCGAAUAUCUCAGGGAAAGAGUGAAUCAACAGGAGAAACGCCAACGGACAUCGAUAUUUUAAGUCUCCUGAAAAACUACAGUCCACAUGAUCUGGCAGCUCUCUAUCAGCACUGGGGCUUUGUUGAUCCCAGGCUUGUUUCACAGGCAACGAUGCAGUUAAAUGGAAACUUUGGAAAUGAAGUCCAUUCCUCGUCUGAAGCUUCCAAACAGAUGAACAGCCACUCCACUUCAUCCUCAGGGUCUCUGCAUAAAGGAACGUAACGAAACAUUGUGCUUCUCUUGGUUGCAAAGUUCUAACUGCUGAAAAAAGAGAGGCCUGCUGUUCUUCAAAGGAACCAGCCAUAACUCCUGGAGAGGACAGAGGCUCUGGAAUAUGCACAAUAUAUGCAAAGCAAUGCGGUGGACUUGUUUGAUUUUGUAUUAUGAUUGUUUGAUUUGAAGUGUUAAGCAUGUUACGAGUGUAGAUAUGAUAGUUAAAUAAACACACAUGAUGUGUUUUUGAUUAUUUUAUUUGGUGAAAAUGAGGCAAAUGUUCAGGAUUAUUGUACAAAACAACAGGAAAGCAUUGUAGAAGUACCACAGCCAGGUGGAAAUUAAAUGUAGAGCCACAACUAUGUGGCUAAACAGAUGUUCUCUUGGCUUAAGGCCCAGAUAUCUGCUUGUUUUUUGGUUACAAAAAGUAGAUCCUUGCAGAGCAAUACAACAUACCAAACCUUAGAACUCGUAAUUCCACUAAAACAGCUGUGAUGCAAAUACAUGUUUUUAACUGCUGUAUAUCAGUGUCGAGUUUAAGUUUGUUGUUUUGUUUCAUGUACAAAUGUCUUCUUUUUUAAUUUUUUAAUUUCCUUGGUUGAGUAUGUGAUUUUUGUUGCAGAUAACAUGGUGUCACUUAUGUUUUCAGCCCACAAUUUGAAUAAUAAUAAUAAUAAUAAUAAUAAUUUAAAAACUGCGAACAGCUUUUGAGUCGACGUUUUGAGUUUGCCAGUUUUCAUUUGGUCAAAAGUUAUUUGUCACUAUGCACCAUCUCAAGAGUAGUCUGGGCAAAUUCAGAGGACUCUCCUUUAAAAUACAAGUGUUGACCCAAGGCCUUAGUCACACAGGCCUAGAGACCCUUUUGCAACCCCCCGGCAGACUCUUGGUACCCUAACAGCUGGUGAGUCGUUCCUGGAGGUUGCUGAGUGAGAUGUGUCGCAAGGAGGGUGCUGCACCAAAAAUCUUUUUGUCAUUGCUUUGGUCAUCAGCAUAUUAAUGCUAUCACUCAUUGUUUACACUGAAAAUGUUGAUUUGUAUGCUAGCACUUGUCAACUUGCCACUUUAACCAACACAUUUCAGAAGGCACAACUCUUACUUUAAAGGUAAAUGUUCUACAUUGUCCAGUUUGCACUUUUUCCACUUCUCUUUUUUAAUAUUACAGUACAGUGAAGAACAACAGGAAAGCAGAGGAGCGAGAGCAGGGAAGGCACAGGCCACAGGUCAGCCAUGCGGCAUAUGGGCGCCUGCUCAUCACAGUGCGCUAAACCGGCACCCCACUAUUCCCACUUUUUAUUGUUUGACUGACACUCGACAAGUAGUUGGCGACUGUUUGCAACAUCUUCUGUAUAAACUGCAGGGGAUCACAGCAAUCGAGAGACCAAAGCAAUAACAAGGUUUUUGUUGCGGCUGGUGACGUGGACACCAGUGAAUGCGAUACCUCGAGAAUGAGGAGACGUAGGAGCUUCAAAUUAAUAACACACAGGUGUCUCUACUAAAAAUCUCCAACAGGGUUAAUCACUGCCUGGUCUUUAAGGCUCUGCUAUUUUAAUAUAUAUGUAUAUUUUUUUUUUACAGUGUUCAAAACUUUAUAUUUUGAACCCUACCCAAACCUUUUCUCCAGUUUUACACAUUCCUCAUGUAGUUUCACCAGUCCAGCCCACUUAAAAUCAAAGUGGGCUGUAUGUGGCCCACAGUUUAAAAAGAGUUUGACAUCCCUGCUCUAAGGCUUUAGCAGAUGUUUUCACAGAACAACAAGCAACCCAUUUUUCCCUAGCAACUGAUGGUUGCAAGGUGGUUGCCAACCGGUCGCUAUCCCUGUGUGACCAGAGCCUAAGAUAGAAAUAGUGCAUUUUUUUCCUGUCAGUUUGGAAUCAGUAUUUUUCCUAAGGUCAGAAAUCUAAUUCAAUUACGUCGAGCACAGCAAUGCCAUCGAGUCCUCUAGCUCUGCUUCAGGUUAACAAACUGCUCUGUUGUAGUUUACAGUAAAUUCAGCAGAAUCUUUUUGACCAGUGAAACAGCACAACCAGAAACGGGACCCUAGUGUUUAUCUUGUAUUUUGUCAAUGAAAAGUUGUUGGCCAUUUUCCAAACUUUAGGUCCAGGAUUGAUGUGAAAAAUGAAUCUAGACUCACGCUCGUCAUCGAAGCCAGUCUUUAAAAAGGGUCUCAGAACUGAGCAAUGAAAAGUGCUGCAAUGUUUUUAUUUUUAUUUUAAAUCCAAGUUUAAAAUUUAAAUGCAACAAUUUGCCCUUAUGUUUUCAAUUAGAGCGCAGACAUCUGCACUUCUUUUGGCAUUGUGCUAGUGAUGUAGCCAUUUAAUGCUGUGAUUUAUUUCUUUUAGAAGUAGAACUUGUAGCAAUGAGCAUUUCUACUGAUCCAACACUCACCUCAGUCUCCAGUUGUUUUCAUGUGUUUCAUUGUUUGCAGAUUUUAGUAUGUUUCCAUUUCAGUUCCUCCUUCUCAGUGUAUUCAUAUCCCAUAGAGACGUAGUCUAUGCAUUUAACUAAAAGCCAUCAACUUAUGGAUUCUUGGGAGAUCUUAAGACUCCAUAAUUAUGAAAGCACUGACUUUAAUCUGUGUGGAGAGAUUUUUCUUCUUUUUGAUAAAUAUUGUAAAUGAUAGUUUUAUUUAAUGGUCUUUGUUUGUUUGCUAUGAGUCGGAUUUCAACAAUUAAAAGUAUUUGAUAUUUGUAGUAGCAGAACAUGUUAAAAACAUGUUGAAUUUUCGUCACCUUUGAGGUCAGAGGUCAGGGUCAGCGGGUUGUGAUGCUCCCGCAGCAGGUAUCACUGAGCCUGUGUUUUGCAACGACCCUCUAACUGUAACUCCUGUUUGGCAUGAAGAGACAGGAAGCACUGAGAGAGGGAUAUUUACGCAAGUCUGAACUCUUAUGCAAACCUCCAGCUUACAGUUGAGCUCUCGCUGGGUUCAUUUUUGUGACUAUGUAAACAUGUUUCAUAGUUAUUAUGUUGGUUCAGAAUUUAUAUUUUCGACAGAUCAACAAUUUUUGUCUGACUGUAAAAUUCAAAUAAAGUUGGUUGAUGCCGA